AUGAAGCAGCGUCAUCAGCAGUUCCCGCUGCCACCCGGACCCCCCGCGGAACCGUUGCUGGGGCACCUACGGGUAGCGCCUCAGCAAGAGGCCGAACGCACAUACUUUCGAUGGAGCAAGGAAUAUAAUUCGGAUCUCAUUCAUAUCAACGUACUUGGUCAGCCCAUCAUCGUGAUCCACAGCCUACAAGCUUGCAUCGAGCUCCUCGAGAAGCGCGGUUCGAUACACAGUGAUCGUCCGAGCUGUACAUUCUUCCUUAUGUUUGGAUGGAACGAGAACUUGACCUUGACACAGUACAACCACCCGUCGUUCCCUAUACUUCGGAGACAAUAUCAAAAUCAUUUUGCUAAGGGCGCAGAGCGCAAGAUUUACGCCUUACAGGUCAACGAGGCACACAAGCUCGUCGCGCGGAUUGUGAACUCGCCGAGACAAUGGCGAAGUUUCCUUCAGCUGUUCACCACCGCCGUCAUCAUACAGAUCGUCACAGGGAACGAAGUCGAGGACCUCGACGAUGCAUACGUCGGAAUUGCGGACAGAGUCAGCCAGACGCUUAAGGGAGGCGGUCCUGUAGGCGCUACGGGUGUUGACAUUCUUCCUUUGCUUCGCUACCUUCCAAGUUGGUGCGAUCCAACUGGGUCUACGGCCUUCGUACGCAGGAUGCGCCAUGCGGUGACGGACAUAUACAAUGUUCCUUACGAGCGCGUUCGGAAGGAAAUGGAGGCCGGCACGGCCCAGCCAUCGUUGCUGAAGUCCUUGAUCGAGGACCUGCAAACUGCUGAUGGCGACCUCGGGUUGACGAAGGAGCGCGUUCGUGGUUUAUGUGCGACUGCAUUUGCUGGGGGAGCCGAUACUACCCUUGACACCCUCGCAACCUUUGUCUUCGCCAUCGUCAACCAUCCUGAAGUACAAGAGCGUGCGCGUGCCGAAUUGCAUGCUAUUGUAGGUCCGGACCGCCUGCCGGACAUGGACGACCGACGGAACCUACCCUACAUCGAGCGUAUCGUUCAAGAGACUUUCAGAUUCUGGCCGGUUUUACCGUUGGGGGUGCCUCACAAGUCUAUGGAAGACGACGUAUAUAAUGGUAUGUUCAUCCCGAAAGGAUCCCUCUUGUUCUUCAAUAAUUUCGCAAUGGGCCACGACGAAGCCAUUUACGCCGAUCCAUGGAAAUUUGAUCCUGACCGAUAUGUAUCUUGUGAGCAUGGCGGACGAGGCGAGUCGUUACCUGUAGGUCAUUUCGGAUUUGGGAGACGUGCCUGUCCCGGUCGGCUGGUUGGAGAGGCCUCGGUGUUCAUCGCGAUCGCCACCAUGCUUCAUGUCCUCGUAUUCAAGAGAACGAGGGACGAAAAGGGAGAAGAGAUCGUCGUCGACCCUCAGAUGGCGACGUAUGCCACAGGCCUGACGAGUCACCCGGAGACCAUCCUAUGCGACAUUGGGCCUGCCUCCGAGCGCGCUAGGCAGUUAGCGACGGGGGCGUACACAGAUUAG